UUAUUGCCACAUCGCCGGUGCAGGUAACACAGGACACACGGCAUGUUUGCAUAUGAUACUGAUAUGUGAUAGUGCGGUUAUCACUGGUCAUUAAUAUUCUUAUAUCUCGUUUCAGUCUGAUAUCUGGUCAUUAAAAUCGUUUUCGCUGCCUGUCCUGCCAGACAGCCUCUGGAGACUCCAAAAAUCGAAGAGUUCUGCUGUAAACUAACGUUAUUCGUAUUAAUCGUAAUUCAGUCAUGCCAAUAAGUUAACUUUUUUGUAUCGUUAGGCUGCCCGUGGAGUAAGAAAACUGGAAGACUCAAGCGAAAUUAUUAGCAAAAAAACGGAGCUGGAACUUUGCCAUUGACAGAUUGGAGAGCCGGACUUGCAAAAGUGACAUUGCCAAACAACGCAAGUUUCCAAGCCGUCAGUUGUCAUUUUCACUGGUGAGUGCAUGGAGGAAGGAACACAUCCUCCAUGCCAAGAAACAAGACGUGUCAACACACCUGUCACUAUGGGCUGGACUCCGUAUCAGUUCUUCUUGGCUGGUAUGAUGUUGGUUACCGGCUCAAUCAACACACUCAGCACCAAAUGGGCUGACCUUCAGAGUGCUGUGGGAGAUCCCAAGUAUGGGAAUAAUCCUCAUUCAUUCUACCAUCCAUUCUUUCAAGCCUCGUGCAUGUUCCUGGGAGAGAUGACGUGUCUCCUGGCAUUCAAGAUCAUUUUUUACUACAACAAGUACAAGAAGACCAACAAAGAUUUUGGCCCACAGACAUUCAGUCCAUUUCUGAUGCUUCCUCCAGCCAUGUGCGACAUGUGUGCAACAUCUCUUAUGUACAUUGGUCUUAAUCUGACAUAUGCGUCAAGCUUCCAAAUGCUGCGUGGGGCCGUCGUCAUUUUCACCGGUCUGCUCUCUGUGGCUUUUCUGAAGCGCAGGCUGGUCCUCCACCAAUGGCUGGGCAUGUUUGCCAUUUUGGUGGGAUUGGUGCUCGUGGGUACAGCAGACUUGACGGAAAUUCAGUCAGGAAAGCGUGGCCUCAACAGCAUCAUUACAGGUGAUUUGCUGAUCAUCAUGGCCCAGAUCAUCACGGCAACUCAGAUGGUUGUUGAAGAAGCUUUUCUCUAUAAGCACAAGAUUCCAGCCCUGCAAGCUGUAGGUUGGGAAGGUGUCUUUGGCUUCUGUGCCCUCUCUCUCCUCCUGAUUCCAUUUUAUUACAUCGAUGCCGGUGACUUCAGUGAGCUACCUGACCAUGCCCUGGAAAAUGCAAUUGAUGCCUUCCUGCAGAUCAAGAACAAUACCAUCAUCCUUGUGGGCACGCUAGGCACGAUCAUCUCCAUCGCCUUCUUCAACUUCUCGGGGAUCAGUGUGACCAAGCAGAUGAGCGCCACCACGCGGAUGGUGCUAGACAGUCUGCGCACGAUGGUGAUCUGGGCGGUGUCACUCCUCACCCAGUGGGAGACUUUUGCUUGGCGAGAGCUCCUAGGAUUCCUCUUCCUCAUCAUAGGGACCUUCAUCUACAAUGAUGCACUCUUUGCACCAUUGUUACGGAGAUACAAAAUCCUCCCUCCCCUGGUCACGGAAGAUACAGAUCUUCGCGAGCCCCUGCUUGCAGAGGAUGACAUCAAUUACAGUUCCACCAGUGAGAGAGUGCUAGAUAAGUAUCAGCCAAUCAAUUAGGAGCCGACAGGUGAGUUCAGAAUGUCCAACUGCAAGCAGGUGCUCAGCUGAAGAACUUGUCAGCGGGACAUUUUACAUCUCAGGAGAGCUGUGGAAUUUUUUGGCCUAGAAACUUUUGACAAGCAUUUAGUUGGCUUGUUAAAACUCGUCAUUGCACAUUUUCUACACAUUUUAAUUCCACUUCUCUCGGUAUGAUAUUAAUUUUACCUAAAUGUCAGCUUUUUCUCCUUUUUUUUUUUUGGAGGGGACGUAGGCCCAUGGGGCCAAAUUAAAGAUCUGAAAUUUUGUUUUGUUAUUAAUUUGAAUAGUCAUUCCACUCAUUUGCAGUCAGAACGUUGGGGUCCUUCAUUUGUUUGUAAUAGUAUUGAAUUUUAAAAAGGUAUGAACAAUGUACUCUGCAUUUGUAAACCCAAAAUGUGCUUAGAUUCCAUCUAAAUUUGAUGGUAUUUAUAAGUGGCAAUUCUAAAAUCAAACUUGAUUGAUGUUUUAUUUUUAUUGUGUGUUUGGAAAGUUGUCACAAAAGCUAAAGUCAAAUCGAAGAUUUGAGAACAAAUCCGUAUAGAAAUGAAAUGUAUGCCAACUCCAAAUUGUGUAACAUUACAGUAAUGUUCUCUGGAUUGCGGUUUUCUGUACUCGAUCAUCUCUUUGACCCUAACCCUCCUCAAUCCUCUAAAAUCCUUCAGGUGGUUUGGGAGGAUUUGGGAGGAUUGAGGGUGAAUGGCAG